AUGCGUGUGUGCGACCCAGCCCUUUUCCGAUCGGAUCGGUUCAAACGCGCGCUGCGUGGUGGUGUGCACGUGGACAGCAACCGAUUUGUGGGGACUAGCAACACGCACGCACAGCCACAUCGGGCGCGUUUUGCCAAACGCGUGUUGGCGCGUUCGCACAUCACGGAACGCCCUAUCGAGCAUUUGCGUUUGCACUGUGGCCGCCUCGUACCCCACGGUUAA